AUGAAGAUGGGAGGAACCUGGCCAUGUCUGCCAGUUGGGCAGCACUUGCUGGCUCUGGGAUACAGGCACUUUUCAAACAAAUGGAGAAACAAGAUGAACUUCACGAAAUCCAAGAUGUUUGUUUGUGUUGUAGCAUUCAGCUGUGCUAGCUUCAUGGUUUUUUACACCAGUUUGACCAAAUUUUAUAUAUUCGGUGAAAACAGCCAAGAUGACGUAUUUCCCAUAAAGACUUUUAGGAGAAUCAGAGGAAAUUUCUUGCAUCACCCAGCUAUAGACUGCCAUAAGAACCCACCUUUCCUUGUCCUACUUGUGGCAUCCUCAUACCACCACUUUGAUGCCAGGAUGGCUAUCCGGCAAAGCUGGGGGAAGGAAAGAACCAUCGCUGGCCAGCGCUUGGUGGCGUAUUUCCUCCUGGGAAGCACUGUGAAUUCCAGCCAGCAGGCAGAUAUUGCCGCUGAAAGCCAAAAGUACAGAGACAUUAUUCAAAAGAAUUUUACUGACACAUACUACAAUUUGACUUUGAAGACUAUGAUGGGAAUUGAAUGGGUUCACAGAUUUUGUAACCAGUCCAGCUUUGUGAUGAAAACCGACACAGAUGUGUUUGUCAAUGUUUUUUACCUCACUGAGCUUCUUCUGAGGAAAAAAAGGACCACUAGAUUCUUCACAGGCUUUCUAAAACUGCAUGAGCAUCCCAUACGUAAAAGAGGGAGUAAGUGGUAUGUGAGUAGAGAAGAAUACCCAGGAAAGACCUACCCACCAUUUUGUUCUGGAACUGGCUAUGUUUUGUCCACUGACGUUGCUAGUCAGAUCUAUAAUGUCUCAGAGAAUAUUCCAUUCAUUAAACUGGAGGAUGUAUUCAUAGGACUGUGCCUUGACAAAUUAAAAAUUGGGCUGGAAGAGCUUCAUUCAAAGCAGACUUUUUUUCCAGAAAGGAUUAGAUUCUCUGUUUCUCGCUUUAAGAAAAUCGUGAUGUGCCAUGAAGUAGAACCAUCUGAGCAGCUGAGCUACUGGAAUCACUUAGUGACAGAAAAUAAUGGAGGAGUGCUCUAG